GCGCUUCGACCUUCAGCCCCCGCUCCGGCCGAAAGGCCGUUUUUUUCCCUUAUAAGGCGAUAGCGGAAGUGGGGCACUGGGUGGCGCGGGGCAUUGUAGGAUCUUGCCGGUACUUCCGGCGACGGUGUUGGAGGUUCGGGAGCGGUUCGAUCUCAGAUUUGAAUAAUGGCAAACAUGGAGACCCUUGUACAGAGGCUGGAGAAAGCCGUUUCACGAUUGGAGACAAUGGAGCAAUCCGGUAGACGUGGUGCUGGUUCUGACGUUGCAGGUUGUGGGUCUGAUGAGCUUGCUCCUUUUGUAGAGGCAUUUGAUGAGCUGCUUGAUGGGCCAGUGGCAACAUAUUUGAAACUAAGCAAAGAAAUUGGUGGCGAUGUUGGAGAACAUGCCAACAUGGUGACUGAAGCUGUGAAGAUGGAGAGAGCAUUCCUGGUGACUGCUUCCAAAUGCCAGCAGCCUCCAGUGAAUGAAUUGACCCAGCUACUUCAGCCUCUCUCCAAUAAAAUUCUUCAGAUCCAAGAAUUCAGAGAGAAAAAACGUGCAAGCAAACAGUUCAAUCAUCUAUCGGCAAUUAGUGAGAGCAUUCCUGGUCUGGGAUGGUUGGCAAUUGCUCCCAAACCUGGUCCUUAUGUUAAGGAGAUGACCGACGCUGCUACGUUUUAUACCAAUAGGGUUCUGAAGGAGUACAAAGACACUGAUAAAAAGCAUGUGGAAUGGGUUAAGGCCUAUAUAAGCUUCUGGACUGAACUUCAAGCAUACAUCAAAGCAAACCACACCACUGGGCUUUCAUGGAGCAAGACUGGUCCUAAAGCAUCUUCUCCUGCACCACCUCCAUCGGGAGGAACUCUCCCCCCUCCACCUCCUGGACCACCUCCACCUUCAGAAACUUCUCUCUCGGACUCGACUAGUUCACGAUCAGCUCUAUUUGAAGACCUUAACAAGGGAGCAAGUGUUACAAGUAGACUGAAGCAUGUGCCGGAUAGCAAUAAAACUCACAAGAACCCAACGUUAAGAGAAACAAGUGUAUCUGUCCACACUGGUCCAAAGCCAUUCAAAGCAGCUACUCCAUCACCAAAGCCUGCAGCUAAGAAAGAGCCACCCAUGCUUGAAUUGGAAGGGAAGAAAUGGAGAGUGGAAAACCAAGAGAAUGCCAGUAACUUGGUGAUUCAGGACACAGAGUUGAAGCAGGUCGUAUAUGUGUACAAGUGUGUAAGCAGCACCCUUAAUGUCAAAGGCAAGAUCAACUCUAUCAUUGUUGAUAACUGUAAGAAAAUGGGUCUAGUUUUUGAUAAUGUUGUUGGAAUUGUGGAGAUCAUAAAUUCCAGGGAUGUGAAAAUUCAGGUGUUGGGUAAAGUGCCAACUAUAUCCAUUAAUAAGACUGAUGGCUGCCAUAUCUACCUUAGUAAGGAUUCCCUCAGUUGUGAGAUUGUCAGUGCCAAGUCCUCUGAGAUGAAUGUCUUGGUUCCUAUCAAUGAUGAUUUUGUUGAGCACCCCAUCCCAGAACAAUUUAAGACUGUCUGGAAUGGGAAGAAACUGGAGACUACAGUAACAGAAAUAUCCUGUUAAGUGUACGGUUACUGAGGACAUUUACCUACAGGCUUGAUAUUAAUGUCGUCGCUAGUAAUGAUGAGCCUGAUUAAUCUGUAGAAGCAACAAGCUAACUUUCUGCACAUUCUACUCUUAAACUUGUCCUAUCACUCCUCAUGAGAGGUAAUUAAUCUGCUACAGCAUAUACCUCAGAUGUACUGGUAUUACCUUUUCCAGUAUAAAAUGGCCUAAAGUAGCUGGAUUAGAGCAUGAUGGCUGGCCUAAGAUUCUAGUAGUAUGAAUACAUACUCAUGAAUCUAUGGGAGUAGAUCAGAGUUAAGAGAUGGAAACAAUUGGAGAGAACUCCUAUGAGUGAGUAUAGUGCACCAAAAUGCAAUUUUAUUAAAGAUUAACAUUGUUCAGCUCUUUGGGGUGGGGGGGGUGGUAUGUUGAGGAAAGACUUUUCUUUCCCUUGCUUUAAUAAAUUAUUUCUAAAAUUUACAAUGCAUUGAUACCAUUCUAACCUUGAAGAUCUGCCAUCAAUGCAUAGGGGGGUUCAGAUAUACAGUUACAAUUAAGCCUUUUUAGUUUCUUACCCUCCUGCUUUGAUUAUUUAGGCUUUGGGGACUGCUCUGUGAAACAGCCAUUGCUUUUAGUUUUAAAUUAUGGGUGAAACAGCUAUUCUCUGCACUGCUGGGAUUGUUUUAAUCCUUGAAACCAUGUAGCCUUUUAUAGAUGAAUCAAUGUGUACAGUUGUAACACAUCCAUGGUUUAGAACUUCAUCUAUGAACCAGACCAAAAAUUGUGGAUGAAAGGAUGAGAUCCUGAAUUUUAGUUUUAAUGGAGCUAACUGCUGAAUCUUGUGGAUCUGGUUUUGAGUAAUGAAAACUGAUUUAAAGUGUAUCAGUCUAAUUUCCUGCAGAACUUGGAUGUGGUUAUUGUGGACUAACUGUCUUUAAAACAUUCCAUACCUACCAAACGCAAAUGGGCAUUUCUAGUGAAAAUACUUCCUCUAACAUUGUUUCUCACAAUCUUGCUCCAUCUUGUACCUUACCAGUGUGGCAUCAUGAGUUGUACUUCUACAGUUUGCUUGGCCUGAAUUUUAUUUCUAGCAUAAUAGUUGAGUUGAAGUUGGGACCCUGAUGUGGUUUGUCCUCAAUUAUGGCUAAAAUAAUUUAAAAUAUUGGAACUUCGCUCUACCUUUCCUCAGGGUCCUGUUCUUGCUGAAAUGUGUGCAGCAUCUGUUGAGAAUAUUGCUGAUAUAAUGCAUUCCUGAGUUUUGGUGCCUGCUUUCAGAGGGUUCUUCUAUGAAGUUCAGUCUAGAAAUCAUUCCAUGCCCAAGACUGUUAAAUUACUUUUGAUUCCUCUCUGUAAUGUUAAUUUACUCCAGUGUUUCAGUAGAUGGAUUAAAUAAGGCUAUUUUAUAUCUGGAUAUUAACAUUUCAGCACAGGUUGCGCUAUGAGUUUUUUUCUCCGGAAUUUUCUUUCGAUUUAAAUUCCAUUCACAAUGAAAGCAUUUUAUCAUCACGUUCAUUUUGUGUUUCUGUUUUCAUUUAUUUGCAUUUGUUUUAGGUACAUUAUGCUUAAUUUUAAUUUGGAACUAUCAAUAUUGUACUGUACUAACAAUUGUGGCAGUAGUUGGGGACUAACAAAGUGUAUUAUAAUUUUUCGAUGGGCCACUGAACUAUGCUGUAAUUAUGGUGUCCGAGUUCUCUGGUUAUUUUGGGAAAUACUUGAGUCCUCGUAAGUUUGCUAAACUAUGGUGAUGGGAAUUUAUCAGAGGCAAUAAAUAUACCUUGAUUUUAUAUAUGCCUACAAUUGGGUUGCAAGGCUGCUAUAGCAAAUUAUUUCAAAUUAAUUUCACUGUUUCAAUCUUCAAUUUAUAUAAUUGCCUUGAACUUGAGUUCUCAUUUUGUAUGAAAUGUAUAAUACAGGUGAGCUUUUAACAUUUGAAGUGUACUUGGUCAGUGAGCAGUUCUUGUGCUUUUGACAAGUUACUGCCCCUCCUAUAAUACAGGAUAUCAAUUGUACGAGUAUUGACUGAUGUCAACAGCCUAUCUUUGGUGUGAUAACUUAUUUACUGUAUUGUAUGUUCUAAACUCUAUCGAUAUUGAUCUGCAUAAUUUCAGUACUAUACAAAGAAGGAUCAAACUCAGUUCUUGCUACUUGUGGUUACUAUGCUAUCUUAUGUAUGUCAGGAAUUAAACUGCAAAAUAAAAUUUGCCAACUUGCUUA